GGAGAAAAGCACGCCCAUUGCUUGCGCUCAGUCGCUACUUCCGCUCUCUAGUCUCUCCUAGCAAGAUGGCGGAGGAGCCGCAGUCUGUGUUUCAGCUUCCUCCCUCAAGUGCUGCUGCAGGCGAAGGUCUAGCGGAGGUCUCCCCAGAAAUAACCACUCCGGAACCCCCUUCUUCCGCAGCAGUUUCCCCGGGAACAGAGGAACCUGCUGGCGACACCAAGAAAAAAAUUGACAUUUUGCUGAAGGCUGUGGGAGAUACUCCUAUUAUGAAAACAAAGAAGUGGGCAGUAGAGCGAACACGAACCAUCCAAGGACUCAUUGACUUCAUCAAAAAGUUUCUUAAACUUGUGGCCUCAGAACAGUUGUUUAUUUAUGUGAAUCAGUCCUUUGCUCCUUCCCCAGACCAAGAAGUUGGAACUCUCUAUGAGUGUUUUGGCAGUGAUGGUAAAUUGGUUCUACAUUACUGCAAAUCCCAGGCAUGGGGAUGAACCACAGAGAAAAUCAACGUGUACUACAUGAGAUAGAUUUUCACAGAAGAGACAGCUCUGAAAAGUUUUGAUGCUUGUGGCAAGAGACUUAACAGAUGUCAUCUAUUCAGUAUGUGUCUACUCUGUGCAUAAGAAAACAUCCAUAGCAUGAAAGGACUCACAAAAAUAUGAUUUGUUUUAAUAUAUAAAACAUCAUAAAAGAUGGUUGUUACAGUAUACCCAUUGCUCCUACCUGUUACAAUUAUUGCUGGAGAUCUGCCUUUAAGGUUGAAAUGGAGACAAAGAUUGUGUAAAUGUCUUCAUUACCAGUUCUCAGAAUGACUGAAGUUGUUUUCAUGGUAAAAGUUAAUUUACUAGAGUUCCUUUUUCUUUAAUGUUUACAUUUAUGUCUAUGGUGGUUACCUUCUUAAACGGUCACAUUGACCUGCUGGCUGAAUACCUCAAAUAGUCCAGUAGAGGGCAGCCCACCAGGCGGAAAAAGGUUAGGCACUUUGGUUUCACAUCUUUGCUGGGGAAUAAUGGGAAAUGGCUGCUUUUGCUAAUUUUUAGCUAAUAUCUAGCCAGGAAAACAAGCAUGUUUGAUAGAUUGAAAGUCUAUAAUUUUAGACAAUAUGCAUAGUUCAAUUUUUUGGGGGGGAUACAGAAACGUAAAUUCUGGACAAAUAAGUCAUAUAUCUAUUUUCAGCCCUAUCAUUUAAAGAUUCUUGAGUCCCAGUGAUGUAACUGUGGUGUUACUCUAUCAUUUAUAGUGUCAAAAGCACUUGAUGAGUAAACUCAGUAACAUCUUUUUGAAUGUUUCAAAAUGCAUUUUCCAACUUGAAAGCAUACAAUUGAAAAGUAGCCUUAAUGUCUAUUUUAUGCCAUGACUAAAAGUACCAUUUUUACUGAUGCUAUUAGACCGAUAAUUUCUUGAAGUGAGAUUUAACUUUUUUUUUCUUCCUUCUGUAUUUGUAAUGCCAUAUUUUUAGAAAGCAUCCAGAUCAGGCAUGGUGGCUUACAGCUGUAAUCCCAGCACUUUGGAAGGUCUAGCAAAGUGUGGGGAUUCUGUGAAGCCAUGAGUUUGAGACCAGACUGGGUAACAAGGCAAGACCCCCAUUUCUCCAAAAAUAAAAAUGAAAAUCAUUAUUAGGCUGCAGAGGCAAGAGGAUCCCCUGAGCCCAGGAUUCAAGGGUAUAGUGAGCCAUGAUUGUACCAAUGCAUCCCUGCUGGGCAACAGAAUGAGACCCCAUCUUAAAAGGAAAUAAAAAAAGGCAUUCUAGUAAGUUGAAUGGAAUGUGAAUGGAAUUUCAAAACAGAAUCUCAAAUGGUAUGUAGUAGAAUUCCAAGUAUUUAUAUGUAGUAGAAUUCCAAGUAUUUAUAUCAUUUAAGUUGAGUUUGGAAAAGGUCUGUCCUCUAGUUUUGUCCAGUUUACUAAAGGAAGUGAAUAUAUUUAUAUUUGCAUAUUCAACAAAGAGCAAAAAUAGGUUGAAUUUGUGUAUUAUGUUUGCCACUGAGGUUUCAGAUGAUAGACCUCAAAAAUAAAAAAUGCUGGUUGAAUUUGUAGCAUCAAUUUAAUUACUCUUUUAACCUAAAUAACUUAAUAGUUUGUUAAAUUUAAGGUUAGCUUAAUAUGUAGCUAGCCUUGUAUUCUUUCCUAACAACUCUGAAGAAUACAUAGGACUUUGCAGUGUGUGUGUGUGUGAGUGAGAGUGACGGAGUUUCACUUUUGUUGCCCAAGCUGGAGUGCAAUGGUGCAAUCUCGGCUCAUUGCAGCUUCCGCCUCUUGGGUUCUAGCAGUUCUGCCUCCGCCUCCCCAGUAGCUGAGAUUACAGUCUCCUGCCACCACGCUUGGCUGAUGUUUUGUUAUUUUUAAUAGAGAUGGAGUUUCACCAUGUUGGCCAGCCUGGUCUCGAACUUCUGACCUCAGGUGAUCCACCUGCCGUGGCCUCCCAAAGUGCUGGGAUUACAGGCAUGAGCCACCAUGCCUGGUCUGAACUUUACUUUUUCAAAUCAUAUUUAAUUAUUUCUUGAUUUUUACUCCAAAGAAUCAUUCUGUGCUAAAUUUGCAACAUUAAACAAUAAUUAAGCCUGGAUCUGAUAAGUUAUUAGGAGACUGGAACCUAAAACACAAUUUAUUUUUAAACUCUCAAGUCUAAUUAAACUUGGGGGAAAGAUUGAACAUUCAGGUGAUAUUUUAAGUUUUCCUUGUUUGUGACUAAAUAGGUUAGGUGUCAAUAUUGUCUUGCUAACUGCAUAGAUGACCCAUGGCACAUAGGUAUAUGAUAUUACAAUAUUUAUGCCAAACACUUCAUAAUUCAUCAUAUUUAAGGAAUAAAGUAAAUUAAUGUUUUAUCUGAAAUCAAAAUGAGAUUGGAUAAUUCCUAGAAUCUGAUUUCUAUAAGUUUCAGUCCUAAAGAGGCCUUAAAUAGCUACUAGAAGUACAGUCUAGUCCUCAGAUCAUAUAAUAUUAGUCAACCAAUUGCGUUGUAACACAAAGUGGGAAAGCCUUAGGUGUUGAAGGAGCGUGAAAAUAAAAAUCUUAUGCAGUUUCUUCAUGAUCCUUCAUUUUCCGAGGAUUAUAAUAUGCCAAAUAAACAUUUGGCACUAAGGAAGCCAGCUACAGGCCACAUGAUGAAAAGUAUUCAGAAAAUAAUUCAGCAAAUACUAUUUGAAUAUAGUUCAAACCAUAUUUAUACAGUUUCCCUACAAUACUAUUUAACCCAUACUGGAUUAUUCACUAUUUGAAGAUGCCUUGUGUUUUCUGUUUUCUAUUUCUGCUUGUGCAAUUUACUUACACCUUCACCCCUUCAAAUCCUAACUCUUCAAGGCCUGAUUUAGACUUUGACUUUUUAAAGGCUAUCUGAAUCAUUCUAGGAAAAGAUACCCUUUCUCUCAUACAAACAGAGCAAACUGCCACUAUUACAACACUUACUGCAUAUUGCUUCAGAACCACAUGUCUAGUUAUUCUGGUUUUUAUUUGGUACCCACACACAAAUACUUAGUACAUUUCAUUAUACAUAAUAUAAUUAGUAUUAUAACAUUGAGUGAAUGAAAUUGUGAUUAGCAAAAUAACACAGCUAAAAACAAAGGAAAUUUUGUAUAGUUUAAUAAUUUUUAUAUGGCAAAAGGUAAUGGAAAAUAUUUGCAACAUAUAACAGGGCUUUUAAUGUCUUAAAUAUAUGGAGAUUUCAAUUGGUAAGAAAAGACCAACUGAAAAAUAGGCAAAACAUGCCAAAUUUCGAUUCACAAAAAAAUACAAAUAGCCAAUAAAAUAUGAAACAUCUUGAACCCCACUGUUUACAAAAAAUGCAAAUAAAAAAUGCUGAUUAACAUUUAUCAACAAUAAAAAUAAUGUACAUCUUGGUAUUUGGGGUGUUGUGGGGAAAUCCUGUCAUAUUUUGGUGAAUAGAAUAUGAGUUGGUGCUUCACUUUAGGGGGCAAUUUGGCAAUGUCAGAAACCGUAGAAAUUUAAGUAUAAACUUCAGUUUGUAUAACCUUUCAUUCACGUAUUGAAUGACUACUAUUUACAAUAUUGGAAUAACACAAAACUCAUAAAAGACUAAUAAAGUUCCUGUUCUUCA